AUUUGAUUGACCUCAAUUUUCCUUGUUUGCAGCAACUGCCGCUUGUUGUUGUUGACCGCCGCUGCAGUGAAGAUACGGACUGAGAGCAGCCAUCACUGCAGCCACUGCUAGAUUGCGCUCUCUGUCCUUUCAGUCUCUCCAAGUACGAGUUGUCACUUGCGUAGCCUGCCUGCGACUGCCAGACAAGCAGCCGGUCACCCCCACGAUACUGCAGCCUGAAGUCACUGUACUGCAGUCGCAGCCAGUCCAGAGUGCCAGUGGUUCUCCUUCUCACAUUCACUGCUGCUCCUGCGGCUGCUACUGCAGGCUCUUUGUAGAUUCACCUGCGAUCGACGUACCACUGCAACCAACUGCGCUGCUGCAGUACAGCGCAGCAACACACCGCAACUUGAAUUCUACAACCUACCCACCGCUUCUUCUCUCUUCUGCCCACCUACCCACCUCCUCCUACUAAGUACCGUCCUGUCACCUCAUUCACGCUCACGGCCUCUCUCGCCCUUACAUUCAAGAUCGCCCUCACUGUCACUACUGCCAACAUACACCUCAGCUCAUUCCUACAGUCAGUCGCGUGCUCGAUAAUCAUCCUUUUGGCCAUAGCCGAUCUGAAGAAAAAUCUGUUCUCUAGCUCGUAUCCAGGCGUGGUGCAGGGCCCCCAACCCAAAUCUUGGGUGUCUUUGCUUAUUCCCGGCGUCUAACUCUAAAAACGACAUUUGCAGCGCCUUCAAAACUUUCAGGCGGGUCCGCAACGACAUCAUUGCCGCCCCCCUGUCAUUAUUAUCUUUUACCCCCGUCACCGUCACGGACUCUCGGCUGUCAUCAACUUCCACUUGGAAAACACUUUGACACGCUUGAACCUGCGCCGACUGAACAGAACUCAGUUAACCUCGUCUCUCUUUAAGUUCUCGCGACCCCUCGACUUUGUUUCCUGGACCUAAAGUUGAACACAUUUCCACCGGUCAUGACCCCGCCACAUGGGCACAAUCGCCGGAGCUCAUCCUUAGACCGUCGCGAUCCCUACUCUUCUCCUUCUGUCUAUUACGAUGAGGAAGCCGUGAGACGCCAGCUCUUGGGUUCACGCAACAGAGCAAUCUCCUCGUAUAUCAAGCCUGCCCGCGAAGAUCUCCCAGGGUACAAAGGCAACUACCCUGCCCGCCGUACCAGUCAUGAUGAGCACUACCAACAACAUCAAGAACUGCUGGUCGACGUGGAUCGCACUCUCAAAGAUUUGAUCGAAAGAGAGGACAUUGACGGGAACCAGCAGAUCACAAUUGAGGACAAUGGACCAAAACACAUCAGUCUCGGCACGUUGGCCUCUGCCGGCUAUCGCACAGCUGAAGUUCGCGGCAAUUACAUGAUCAGCAAUCUGCUGCAAGAGUUGACAUUGGCACAAGAUCUGGGCAAGAAAGUGGUCAAGAUUCAUCGUUCCCGUCUCAGCGAGAAUCCGGUCGACCGACUAUCACGCCGGAUCGCUCAUGAGUUCUGGAAUAACCUCACCCGCUGUCUCGACGCCGACACCAUUGAAAAGGCCGGCCGUGAUCCGAAAGACUGGACUGACGAUCCUCGACCUCGUAUCUACAUUCCACGUGGCUGCCCGGAGCAGCAUGAAUACUAUACCAAGGUGGCCCAGGACCGCCCUGAAAUGCGAUUGGAUGUCCGGUGGUUGCCGGAGGGGCCUAUCACCGCCCAAUACGUGCGCAGUCUGAACGAUGCUCCAGGAAUUUUGGCAUUGGCAAUGAAGAAGGUGACGAUCGAUGGUAAGGAGACACUGAAGGGCGAACCCUUCAUUGUGCCUGGUGGACGGUUCAACGAGCUGUACGGCUGGGACAGUUACAUGGAGUCGAUUGGCUUGAUCCAGAAUGAUAGAGUCGACCUGGCCAAGUCGAUGGUCAUCCACUUCUGUUUCUGCAUUCAGCAUUAUGGCAAGAUCUUGAACGCCAAUCGCUCGUACUACCUCACCCGAUCGCAACCUCCAUUCUUGACCGACAUGGCGCUCAAGGUCUACGACAAGAUCAAGCACGAGCCUGGUGCUCUCGACUUUCUGCGAAUGGCCAUCACCGCCGCGAUCAAGGAGUACUAUGACGUCUGGAUGUCUGCUCCUCGGUACGACCCCGCCACUGGCCUUUCUCGGUACCGGCCGGACGGCGCCGGAGUUCCGCCUGAAACCGAAGCCUCGCAUUUUGUGCACAUCAUCACUCCCUAUGCUAAGAAGCAUGGAAUGUCCUUUGAGGAGUUUGUCAAGGCCUACAACAAUGAAGAGGUGAAGGAGCCAGAGUUGGACGAGUAUUUCCUACACGACCGUGCCGUUCGAGAGUCAGGACACGACACUUCAUAUCGGCUGGAGGGCUGUGCGGCUAAUCUGGCGACCAUUGAUCUGAACUCGCUGCUUUACAAGUACGAAAUCGAUAUUUCGUGGUGCAUCCGACAAUACUUCAAAGAUCGACUGGUCAUUCCCGAAGAAUUCCGUUCAGACGCCAACCGCAAGGAAGGAUAUGAGACUUCGGCGCCCUGGGACCGACGGGCGCGGUUGCGCAAGGCUCGCAUCGACAAAUACAUGUGGAACGAAGCCAAGGGUAUGUACUUUGACUAUGACACGGUCAACAAGAAACGCACCACAUACGAGAGCGCCACCACCUUUUGGGCCAUGUGGGCAGGAUGUGCUUCGCCGCGACAGGCUGCUGCAUUGGUACUCAACGCCUUACCCAAGUUUGAAUGCUUUGGUGGAUUGGUUUCUGGUACCGAGGAGUCCCGUGGUGAGAUCGGUCUGGACCGGCCCAACCGACAGUGGGACUAUCCUUACGGCUGGGCCCCGCAGCAGAUGCUUGCUUGGGGCGGUUUGAUCAAAUACGGCUACAUCGAGGAUGCCCAACGUCUCGCCUACAAGUGGCUGUACAUGGUGACCAAGGCCUUUGUCGACUUCAACGGCGUAGUGGUUGAAAAGUACGAUGUCACCCGCGAGCUCGAUCCCCACAAGGUGGAAGCGGAAUACGGCAACCAAGGUGCAGACUUCAAAGGCGUGCCGAGAGAAGGAUUUGGCUGGGUCAAUGCGAGCUACGUGUAUGGCUUGUCGUUCAUCCCGAUGCACAUGAAACGAGCACUCGGUACCCUCACUCCCUGGGAAACGUUUGCUAAAGCAACCGAGAUUAAGCUGGGCACAUUUGACGACACCAUCGAUGAAGGAUCAGACGAAUCACGACCGGAAUCGGCAGACGAAGGUGAAGCCGCCAUCAGUUCGAGUCCGGAGAACUAAUAAACGCGAAGAGCCAUGCGUUCACGAAGUUGUCGCACGCUUGCAUCCUUCCAGAUUGGGACGGUGGGUUCAUUGUAUUUUUAUGGGGUCCUGAAGGCAUCAUUCUCUUCGAUUUGGACGCGAUCUCUUAUGACCAGACCCGGGGCAGGAUUGGAGGACCGGACGGCGCGUGGCGUAUGCUCAGCAGGCAGUGCAUGGUUUUCCGACUUUUGCUUUGUUCUUGAGCCCUUGCACCCAUGGACGGCGUUAUGAGAACUUUGAGUGAUGAAGCAGACCAAGGACAGGAAGCCCUGAUAAACUGUACAUACCUUGGUCUUGCGGCUAUGCCUGGACCGUUAUUGUUAGAGUCACUCGGAUAGAGGACCACGAAGUUGUUCAUAUCAAA